AUGACAACUCUUGGUCCUGCAAACCUCUCCUUCCUUCUCCUCUGGAUCCUGCCAGGGCAGAUCCUCCUCAGGGUGGCCUUGGCGAAAGAUGAUGUCAAAUCUGGGAGCAAGGGGCCCCAGCCCAUGUCACCUUCUGAUUUCUUGGACAAGCUUAUGGGGCGCACAUCUGGUUACGAUGCCAGGAUUCGGCCCAAUUUUAAAGGCCCACCUGUGAACGUGACCUGCAACAUCUUCAUCAACAGUUUCGGCUCCGUCACUGAGACCACUAUGGACUACAGGGUGAAUGUCUUCUUGCGGCAGCAGUGGAAUGACCCACGUCUGGCCUACAGAGAAUAUCCUGAUGACUCUCUGGACCUUGAUCCUUCCAUGCUGGACUCUAUCUGGAAGCCAGAUCUGUUCUUCGCCAAUGAGAAAGGGGCCAACUUCCAUGAGGUGACCACAGACAACAAGUUACUGCGCAUCUUCAAGAAUGGGAAUGUGCUCUACAGCAUCAGAUUGACCCUCAUUUUGUCCUGCCCAAUGGACCUCAAGAACUUCCCGAUGGACAUCCAGACCUGCACGAUGCAGCUGGAGAGCUUUGGCUACACCAUGAAUGAUCUCGUGUUUGAGUGGCUAGAAGAUGCUCCUGCUGUCCAAGUGGCUGAGGGGCUGACCCUGCCCCAGUUCAUCUUGCGAGAUGAGAAGGAUCUAGGCUAUUGUACCAAGCACUACAACACAGGGAAAUUCACUUGCAUCGAGGUGAAGUUUCACCUGGAACGGCAGAUGGGCUACUAUCUGAUUCAGAUGUAUAUCCCCAGCCUACUCAUCGUCAUCCUGUCCUGGGUCUCCUUCUGGAUCAACAUGGACGCUGCCCCUGCCCGUGUGGGGCUCGGCAUCACCACCGUGCUCACCAUGACCACCCAGAGCUCUGGCUCCCGGGCCUCUUUGCCUAAGGUGUCCUAUGUGAAGGCCAUCGACAUCUGGAUGGCCGUGUGCCUGCUCUUCGUGUUUGCUGCCCUGCUGGAGUAUGCUGCUGUCAAUUUUGUCUCUCGUCAGCAUAAGGAAUUCAUGAGACUUCGAAGAAGGCAGAGGCGCCAACGCAUGGAGGAAGAUAUCAUCCGAGAAAGUCGCUUCUAUUUCCGUGGCUAUGGCCUGGGCCACUGCCUGCAGGCAAGGGAUGGAGGUCCGAUGGAAGGUUCUGGCAUGUAUAGCCCCCAACCUCCAGCCCCUCUUCUUAGGGAGAGAGAAACCAUGCGGAAACUCUAUGUGGACCGAGCCAAAAGAAUUGACACCAUAUCCCGGGCUGUCUUCCCUUUCACUUUCCUCAUCUUCAAUGUCUUCUACUGGGUUGUAUAUAAAGUGCUACGGUCCGAAGAUAUCCACCAGGCACUGUGA